AUGGUCAAGCGCGGACGCGACGACGAUGGCGCCGUCGCCCCCGCUCCCGCGGUCGAGCCCGCGCGACAGCGUCACUACCUCGCGAUCCGCAGGGCGCUCAACGAUCAGUUCGUCGCGGACCUGACGCGGAAGCUGACGCAGAAUCCCACGCGAAGGUUCGACAAAGAGGUCGCGGACUACGAGAAGUUCUCCAGGCAGCUCCGGAACGAAUACGCGGACGUCGCCGCGGCGAUCGAACGAGACGCCGCGGCGACGUUCGCCGCCGCGGGCGCGAUCGCGAAGCACGGCGAGUCCUUCCUCUGGGGCACCGGCGACGCCGGGCAGCUCGGAUUCGGCGAAGACGUCAUGGAGCUGUCCCGACCGAAACUCCUCAACACGCUGCCGUCAGCGACGUCCGUGCUGAAAGUCGUCUGCGGCGGCAUGCACACGCUGUGGAUCGUCGACGGUGGUCUGGUGUACUCCGCGGGCGUCAACGACGAGGGCGCGCUCGGGAGGAAGGCGAACAAGGAUGACGCGGACGCGGAGACGAAGCCCGGGCCCGUGCGACUCCCCGGCGGCGCCGCGGCGGUGGAUCUCUCCACCGGGGACUCGCACGUCGCCGUCGUCACCUCCGACGGCGCCGUCGUCGCGUGGGGCACGUUCCGGACGUCGAGCGGCCUGUGGGCGUUCACCCCGGAUCAGCAGAUCGCGCGGAGUCCGAUCACGGUGUACUCGCCGGAGACGCGGGCCGGGCGGAUCGCGAGCGUCGCGAGCGGGACGGAUCACGUCAUCGCGAGAACCGCCGGCGGCGACAUCUACUCCUGGGGCUGCGGCGAGAAAGGACGGCUCGGGCGCCUGCCCCCCGCGGACGCGGACAACACGAGCAAACGUGACGCGUCCGCGAAGACGAAGCUGCUGACGGCGUGUAAGGUGCCGAACCUCCCCGAGGGCGGCGUCACCGCGAUCGCGGCGGGGAGCUACCACUCGUUGGCGUUCGUCGCGGGCGCGAAGGAGGUGUACGCGUGGGGUUUGAACUCGUACGGGCAGCUCGGUCUCCCGUACGACAUGAACGAGGCGGGUUCGAACCAGGUGGAGUACUUCCCGAAGCGCGUGGCGCCGCUGUGCGGAAGAGGGUUCGUCGCCGGCGACGGCGGGGAGAAUCACACGGUGCUUUUGGACGACGGCGGGAAGGUGUACGCGCUCGGUCGAAGCGCGUACGGCCGACUCGGGCUCCCCGGGAUCGACGAGAUGAGCGACGAGCCGCGCUCGAGCGCGGAGCACGUCGUCGGGGUCUCGAAGAAGGCGACGAAGGUUGUCGCGGGAGGGAGCACGUCCGCGUGCGUGACGGACGACGGCGACGCGUACGUGUGGGGGUACGGCGAUUUGGGGCAACUCGGCCGCGGGUCGGAUCAGUCGGACGCGUUGACGCCGGUGAGGCUGGCGCCGACGAAGGCGAUGGGCGGUAAGCGCGUCGUGGACGUCUCGUUCGGGGGGCAGCACACCGCGGCGUUGUGUUUGCCUCCGAAGGGGAGCGAGGGGACGCCGAUCGCGAAGCGCACGCGCGGCGCGGGCGCCGCGUGA